AUAAAUCCAUAUGCAAGCAUAAUUAUUACUUCAAGUCUAAUUAUAGGCCCCCUACUUACAGUAUCUAGCAACCACUGAAUCUUAGCAUGAACCGGUCUAGAAAUCAGCACCCUAGCUAUUAUUCCAUUAAUCGCUAAACAACAUCACCCACGAGCAAUUGAAGCAGCCACCAAAUAUUUCCUAACACAAGCAACUGCUUCAACACUAAUCUUAUUCUCAAGUAUUAUAAAUGCCUGAACACUAGGACAAUGAGAUAUUACACAAAUAUCUAAUAACACUUCAUGCAUUAUUCUUACUACAGCUUUAGCCAUCAAAUUAGGGUUAGCUCCAUUUCACUUUUGAUUACCAGAAGUACUACAAGGAACCACCACAAUAACAGCCUUAAUCUUAACUACCUGACAGAAAUUAGCUCCACUAUCCCUACUAGUAAUAACCUCCCAAUCCCUAAAUACACCAUUAAUAUUAGCGCUAGGACUAACAUCCGCCCUAACCGGUGGAUGAUAUGGACUAAACCAAACCCAACUGCGAAAAAUCAUAGCAUCAUCCUCUAUCGCCCAUCUAGGAUGAAUAACCACAAUCCUUACUCUAUCCCCUAAACUCACACUACUUACAUUCUACACAUACACCAUCAUAACCUCAACAACAUUCCUAAUAAUUAAAACUUUAGAAACAAACAUAAUAUCCGUAAUAAUAACAUCAUGAACAAAAUUACCAACACUAAACACUAUAAUAAUACUCACCCUUAUAUCACUAGCUGGCCUACCCCCACUAACAGGAUUUAUACCCAAAUGAUUAAUUCUCCAAGAACUAACUAAACAACACAUAUUCAUUAUAGCCACUGCAAUAGCCCUAAUCUCACUACUUAGCCUAUUCUUUUACCUACGAAUCUCAUACUACACAACCAUCACACUACCACCAAACUCUACCAACUACCUACAACAAUGACGCCAUAAAACUAACAAAAAACCCUACCUAGCUAUAAUAACCAUACUAUCCGUCACCCUUCUACCAAUUACACCAACCCUACUAACCAUCCCAU